AGAACCCUCCACCACACCCACGCGUUUCUUUACCCUAAGCUUUUAGCUGGUCCAACGAAAGGCACACAGCCCGACAGCCGCCGCUGUUUCUUCAUCUUCCUCGCAGCGCCGGCGCUCCUUCUUCCGCUCCCUCUCCGAUUCGCGCUCGGCACGCAGGCGACGGCGGCGGCGCUCGUGCUCGGGCUCUCAGCGACGGCGGGCAGUCCCAGACUCGGUGUCGGCGUCAGCGGUCCCCCUUCCGCCUGUCACCAAUCGCCUCGCGCCCUCGCCUCCGGUCCUCCGCACACCGACCGGCGCCCUGCGUGCACGCCUCCCGCUCCCCUCCUGCCUCCGGUGGACCGUCGACGGCGCUCGGACCCGGAGGCUGCACUGCGCGCCGCGUGCGACCGGCGGGCAGCGGGAGCCAGCAGCCGCGCCGCUUUGGUAGCGCUUAUACCCCCAAAUGAAUCCUUACCGUCCGCUUAGCUCUUCAGCGCGCUGAAGCGUGCGCUUAGUGCCGAUUUUUGGAACCCUGAUUGUUGAGUGUUUUGACAUAGUAACUGGCUGUAACACAUUGGUAUUUGAAGACCAUUGCAGGUUGUAACACACUGUUAUAUUUGAAGACCAGUGGUGGGUUGACUUAAAAGCAGGGUUUAAACAUCACUUUUGUGAUUUGUUCUGCAAUAUCUUUGCCAUAUCAUGGGGUUUCAGACCAUACCAGUCGUACCAGACCUUGUGGUGGAUAAGAGUGAGGUUGAAACCUCACAAGUUGCGGGCUCUGAUUCAAUAGUCAUAGAAAGGGUGGAAACAAAUCUGAGCAAGGAACCCUUUCUGCUAGUUCCCUUGGAAAAUAAGGAAGAGAAAGAGUCCCUUGGUAUAAUUUGUUAUCUUGAAAAUAACAAGGUUGAUGUUCCUGAGGCCUUCUCUCCAAGGAGAGAUAUACUUGAAUUGUCAAUCUCUAGCAAGUCUACUGAUGAUAGUCUUUCAUUGGGUUGUGAGACACCACGUGAAAGCAUCUUUGAUCCAUUUGCUCCAGGACCUGAGGAGGCAGCCUGUGCACCAAAGAAGAAAGUGACUAGAGGUGCUCAAGUUCCACCUCGCAGGAAGCUAAAUUUUGAUUCAGGUGACUACCCAGUUAAAAGGUUAAGUUUCGAUUGCAGUGAUUCUGAAGAGGAGGAUCAAUAUAUCGAAGUGAUUCACAAGAUGAUCCUGGAUCUAUUAAUUCUAGAUGUCCCUCUUGGUGGACAAAAAGAAACUGGAAAGAAUGCGACAGAUUUGGGCCUACAUGGAAGCUGCAAGACACCUGAUUCAAAGCCUCUACUUACUGGCAUUGCAUCCACAUGCCCAGAUGCACCUUUGAGGCCAUCUCUUAAAGCGUUAAAGCUGAGCCCAGGCAUUUGUCGAAAGAUUGACUUUGACUUCGAUGCAGUCAGUGGCUCAGGAAGUCUAAGUUCUUCCAUGGAUAAAGAAAGUAAUUGAUCGUUCUGCCCUUCUUGAUUGACAAUGACAAGUAAUGAACUGUGCAUUUUGGGACUGAAUGAAGCAUCGUGAUGAUCUUCCCCAGGAACAGCUUUAAUCUGCAUAUUUGCAUCUCAUGUAUCAGUAUCCUAUGCCGUUGUGGCACCUUAGCUAACCCUGAUGCUUUGGGGAUUAUUGCUGAUGGUAGACAAGUACUUAAGUAGCAAGCAGUUUAUGUUAUACAUGUAAUCUAUCUCUGGUUUUCUUUUGUAACUGGCCUUGUGCUAAUUACCUCCUAGAUUUAUAUCAGUUGAUUCGAGCUCUGACCAUAUUAUUUUGUAAAUCUUAAGACGAGACUUAUUCCAUCUGAUUAAAGUAAUGCACCCGAUGCAGUUUCUUGGUAGCUGUUAAAUCAGCUCUGACCA